AUGAAGACACAGAAACAACAACCAAACAAGCAAAAAAUCUCACUGGUCAACUUUGAGGAUGCUAAGAAACCUAGUAUUUCAAGAUUUCUCCCUUUCCUGUACCAUCUGUACUUCAGGGAAUCCAAAUGGUUGAUGUGGGCAUCCUCCCCCACCCUCAUUCCCGUGCCACCGCAUCUCCUCGCCACCUACCGGACUUCGGACCCCCGGUCUCGCAACCGAAACACGACUGGCGAUUUCAAACCUAGAGACCUCAUCUUUGCCAAGAAGAAAGGUUAUCCCCAUUGGCCAGCUCGCGUAGAUGAAGUUCCUGAUGCAGCUGUAAAGCCACCCACAAACAAACUACCCAUUUUCUUUUUUGGAACUCAUGAGACUGCUUUUUUAGGACCAAAGGAUGUAUUUCCUUACUCAGAAAAUAAGGAAAAGUAUGGCAAACCAAAUAAAAGAAAAGGUUUUAAUGAAGGUUUAUGGGAGACAGAUAACAACCCAAAAGGGAAAUUUUCAAGUCGACAGACAGCAACUAAACAAUCAAAUGCAUCAUCUGAUGUUGAAGUUGGAGAAAAGGAAACUAGUGCUUCAGAGGAAGAUACCGACCAUGAAGAAAAAGCCAGCAAUGAGGAUGUGACUAAAGCAGUUGACAUAACAACUCUAAAAGCUGCCAGAAGAGGGAGAAAGAGAAAGGCAGAAAAACAAGUAGAAACUGAGGAGGCAGGAGUAGUGACAACAGCAACAGCAUCUGUUAAUCUAAAAGUGAGUCCUAAAAGAGGACGACCUGCAGCCACAGAAGUCAAGAUUCCAAAGCCAAGAGGCAGACCCAAAAUGGUAAAACAGCCCUGUCCUUCAGAGAGUGACAUCAUUACUGAAGAGGACAAAAGUAAGAAAAAGGGACAAGAGGAAAAACAACCUAAAAAGCAGCCUAAGAAGGAUGAAGAGGGCCAGAAGGAAGAAGAUAAGCCAAGAAAAGAGCCAGACAAAAAAGAGGGGAAGAAAGAAGUUGUCAAAAGGAAAAAUUUAGCUAAAACAGGGGUUACAUCAACCUCCGGUUCUGAAGAAGAAGGAGAUGAUCAAGAAGGUGAAAAGAAGAGAAAAGGUGGGAGGAACUUUCAGAAUGCUCACAGAAGGAAUAUGCUGAAAGGCCAACAUGAGAAAGAAGCAGCAGAUCGAAAAUGCAAGCAAGAGAAACAAAUGGAAACUGAGCAACUCAAAGCAUUAAUCCAGUUACUGAAAAGAGAAUACAAGGGGAGCAAACGAGAGAUGAAGAUCUUGAGAUAGACUCAUUGAACUGAAUUUCCCCCUUCCCCCCAUUGAUGGAAGAAUGUUCCAGAUUCUAAAUUGAGGUCUUCAUUAUUAAUGGCAUUACUGUGUUAUGAUUGUUAACAAAUUUCCUGUAGGGUACACAUGACAUACUAAGGUCGGCCAUCAUUCCUGUUUUUUUUUUUUAACCAAGCUUAAAAUGAAGCUUUGUGUUUGAAAGUAAUAACAAGCUCAGACGAAGAUGGUGGUUGUACAUUAUUCAUUUAGAAAAUAUAAAAAUUCAUUUUGUUUUGAAGCUAGUUAUUAAACUGGAAUAGCAGUUAUACCCCUGAGAAUGGGGCCCUUCUCUUGACA